GGGGCCUGCCUGACAUCCCUCUUCCCCACAGAACCCACCAUGGCCCCCUUUGAGCCCCUGGCUUCCGGCAUCCUGUUGUUGCUGUGGCUGAUAGCCCCCAGCAGGGCCUGCACCUGUGUCCCACCCCACCCACAGACGGCCUUCUGCAAUUCCGACCUCGUCAUCAGGGCCAAGUUCGUGGGGACACCAGAAGUCAACCAGACCACCUUAUACCAGCGUUAUGAGAUCAAGAUGACCAAGAUGUAUAAAGGGUUCCAGGCCUUAGGGGAUGCAGCUGACAUCCGGUUCGUCUACACCCCCGCCAUGGAGAGUGUCUGCGGAUACUUCCACAGGUCCCACAACCGCAGCGAGGAGUUUCUCAUUGCUGGUGAGGCACCAUCCCCGCGCCCUGUGCCACGCCAACCAGUCCCUGGGGCGCGGCCUAGCAACCGCGAGGGGGCGAGGCUCUGAUGGGAAUGGUCCCACUGGAAAUGGG